AAAUACUCCGGUAGAAAAAAAUAGGUUGCAAGUGACAUUGCAGAUUUCUUUUUGGUCAUUUAUUAAAAUAUUUGAAAGGCACAGACACGCAUGGCGACAAUAGCCCGGUUAGGGCUGUCAUUCCAAGCUAGAGAACAUAGAAGAAUGAGGGACCUGCUCCGAGUCUGUCUGCUGCUCCAGCUCCCAGGUACCAUUCCAACAUGGGCCCCUUCCUCGCUCCCCUGCCUGCCAGUGUGCUGGUGCAGGGAGGAUGGAUCUCUGCUGCAGAUGGACUGCUCUGAGCGCGCUCUGACGCUGGUGCCUCCGGGCCUCAGUCCCUACACCUCCUACCUGGAUCUGAGCAUGAACAACAUCAGCGAGCUCCAGCCAAUGGCUUUCCAAAAUCUUCACUUACUGCUGGAACUGAGGCUAUCAGGCAACUCCUUGAGACAUAUCCCUAGCCUGGCAUUCUCUGGCCUUUACAACCUGAAAGUGCUCAUGCUGCAGAACAACCAGUUAGAGCUUCAACCUUCCAGUACUUUCUGGGAUCUGCCCAGUCUCCUGUCACUGCGUCUGGACGGCAACCAAAUCACAGAGGUCCCGGAGCAGACUUUCUCGCGUCUGCCAUCACUGAAGCAUCUGUGGUUGGACGACAACGCGCUGAUGGCGGUUCCCGUACACGCCCUCACCCACCUGCCUUCCUUGCAGGCCUUGACACUGGCUCUGAACCGCAUUCUUCACAUCCCUGACACUGCCUUCCAUAACCUCUCCAAUCUAGUGGUGCUAUAUCUCCAUGACAACAGAAUCCAGACUCUUGGACCCAACUGCUUCGACGGCUUGCAUGGCUUGGAAAUUUUAGACCUGAAGCGUAACCAGCUACAGGAGAUUCCCACAGCGAUCAGGACGCUGGCCAACCUUCGAGAACUGGGGUUCAACGACAACCAAAUUCAGGUCAUCCCAGACGAGGCGUUUGCUGGGAACCCACUGCUCCGGAUGAUAAAUUUCUAUGAGAAUCCCAUCCGCUAUGUAAGCAGAAUGGCCUUCCAGCAUCUCCCUAACCUUCACACGCUGUCCCUGAGUGGAGUGGCACAGAUAUCGUACUUCCUUGACCUGAAGGGAACAGCCAGUCUAGAAGCUCUGUACAUGACUAGGGCUAAUCUUGCCUACCUGCCCCAGAGCUUCUGCCAACAGCUGACCGGGCUAAAGUUGCUUGAGCUCUCUCAUAACCAAAUACUCGCCCUCCCAAAUUUUUGCCAGUGUCAGCAGCUCCAGGAAAUAAAGCUCCAGCACAACCUCAUCCAAGAAAUUGGAGUGAGGACUUUCCAUCAGCUCAGCUCCCUCCGUUCAUUGGAUUUGAGCUACAACCGUAUCUCAAACAUUCACCAAGGUGCCUUUGCUUCUCUCCAGUCCUUAAGAAAGCUGGACUUAACGAAUAACCUGCUGGCCUCCUUGCCCUCAAUGUCGCUACACAGUCUCAGUCACCUGAAACUUGGCGGAAACCGGGCUCUGACUGAGAUCUUCAGAAAAGAGGAUUUUCCUGAGAUGCGGAUCAUUGAGAUGCCGUAUGCAUACCAGUGUUGCGUCUUUGGGGCCUGUAGCAACCAGGAGACUAACCAAUGGGAACACAAGAUGUCAGGAUCCUUGGAUCAAGACCCACACGGGAAGGCUGUGGCCGUCUUCUCUGUUCUUGAUGACAUGGAACUGAAGAAAUUCCUGCUACAGACCAUGGAUCCUAAAAUACCAACAAGCGUUCAGUGUACACCAGUUCCUGGACCUUUCAAACCAUGCAACUACUUUUUUGACAGCUGGAUUUCCCGCAUAAGCGUCUGGGCAGUUGCUGCGGUCUCACUCGUAUGCAACACCGUACUAGUCUUUGCGGUCUUCAGCUCACCCAGCGACUUCUCCGCAGUCAAGUUCCUUAUCGGCUCCCUCAGUGGGGCCAACGUCCUGGUUGGGCUGUGCACGGCCACCUUGGCUCUGGUGGACGCUGUGACCUUCGGCGAGUUCUCUCAGUACGGUGCUCUUUGGGAAUCCAGUGCUAGCUGCCAAGUCGUAGGCUUCCUGUCAACAUUUGCAACUCAGGCUUCCAUCUUCCUUAUAGGUCUUGCGGUCAUACAGUGCAGCAUUCAUGUGUCCUACAUCCAGGAUUAUGGGAUGGUUGCCAGCUCAGCAUGUGUAAAGGUGCCAAUCUUAUGUUGUGGAGCACUCUCAUUAAUUGCUGCCAGCUUGCCACUUUUUGGCGUAGGACGGUAUGGAUCCUCACCUCUUUGCUUGCUAUCUCCAUUGCCAGAGAACCAGCCCUCGGACAGAGGGUUCACUGUGGGCCUCAUCGCGACGAACACUCUCUGCUUUUUUGUCCUCACUUGUACCUGCAUCAAAUUGUAUUGCAGCUUCAUGAAGGAGGGGUAUAGCCACCUGAGGGAAUCCAUGCUGUUCAAACAUGUAGCUCUGUUAGUCUUUGCCAACAGCCUGCUUUACUGCCCCAUGACCUUUAUAGGCCUCUCCAUCCUGCAAGACUCUCUCCACAUCAACGAGUCCUCCAUCAAGUUUAUCCAACUGGUCCUGCUGCCUCUUCCAGCCAGCCUCAACCCCCUGCUAUACCUCAUCUUCAGCCCACUUUUCAAGGAGGACCUCCAGAUGCCACAGAAGACAUCCCAGUCCGCAAUGCCAGUGACACUGGACUCCUUCUGCUUUGGGGAGUCUACACAAGCCUUGGUUUUACUCCCUGACGUGGAGGGGCUAGUCGAAGUCUGUGAGCAAUCAAAUACACGUUGGGGUCCCUCCACUGUUCCAUGUUAUCAAUGACACACCGGUUCCUUUGUCAAAAUCAAAGGACUUAAACAAAUUAAUGAUCAGAAUGAAACCAUGUUUGUAUAAUGACUCAUAUUCCUUACCUUUUGUAUCUUUGUAUCUGUAUAUUUUUUAAAUAAAAUAAUUACAGUGCUGCAA